AUGCCCUCACCCCCCGCCCUGCAGGUGGCCCACGGGGGCACCACCUGUCCCUCCUGCACGCGGCCCCUGGAGGAUGCGGUGACCGCCACCUGCGGACACACCUUCUGCCGGCUCUGCCUCCGCGCGCCCUCCCAGAUGGGGUCCCAGGCGUCAGGCAGGAUCCUGCUUUGCCCGCUCUGCCAGGAGGAGGAGCAGCAACCCGAGAGUUUCGCGGCCCCGGUGCCUCUAGGCCCGCUCGGGGAGACUUACUGCGAGGAGCACGGCGAGAAGAUCUACUUCUUCUGCGAGAACGACGCCGAGUUCCUCUGCGUGCUCUGCCGAGAGGGGUCCUCCCACCAGGCGCACACCGUGGGCUUCCUGGAGGAGGCCAUUCAGCCCUACCGGGAUCGUCUCAGGAGCCGGCUGGAAGCUCUGAGCAUAGAGAGAAAUGAGCUCGAGGACACGAAGUGCCGGGAGGACCAGAAGCUCCAAGUGCUCCUGACUCAGAUUGAAAACAAGAAGCAACAGGUGGAAGCCGCUUUUGAGAGGCUGCAACGGGAGCUGGAGGAGCAGCAGUGCCUCCUGCUGGCCAGGCUGAGGGAGCUGGAGCAGCAGAUAUGGAAGGAGAGGGAUGAGUACAUCACAAAGAUCUCGGAGGAGGUCACCAGGCUUGGAGUCCAGGUCAAUGAACUGGAAGAGAAAUGUCAGCAACCAGCAAGUGAGCUUCUACAAGAUGUGAGAGUCAGCCAGAGCAGGUGUGAGAUGAAGCCUUUCGUGAGUCCGGAGGCCAUUUCUUCCGAACUUAUCAGGAAGAUCCGUGACCUCCACAGGAAAAUACUCACCCUCCCCAAGAUGAUGAGCACGUUCUCAGAAAAGUUGGUGCAUCAUCUGGAAACAGAUUCAGGGAUCGUCACUCUAGAUCCUGAGACGGCCAGCCGGAGCCUGGUCCUCUCCGACGACAGGAAGUCAGUAAGGUACACCCGGCAGAGGCGGAACCUGCCCGACAGCCCCCUGCGCUUCGACGGCAUCCCGGCGGUGUUGGGCACCCCCGGCUUCUCCUCGGGGCGCCACCGCUGGCAGGUGGAGGUGCAGCUGGGCGACGGCGGCGGCUGCACGGUGGGGGUGGCCGCGGAGGAGGUGCGGCGGAAGGGGGAGACGGGCCUGAGCGCCGAGGACGGCGUCUGGGCGCUGAUCCUGUCGCACCAGCAGUGCUGGGCCAGCACCUGCCCCGGCACCGACCUGCCGCUGGGCGAGAUCCCGCGCGCCGUCUGCGUCGCCCUGGACUACGAGGCGGGGCUCGUGGCCCUGGUGCACGCAGAGACGCAGGCGCCCAUCUUCACCUUCUCCGCCUCGUUUGACGGCACAGUCUUCCCUUUCUUUGCGGUCUGGAAAAAAGGUUCGUGCUUGACGUUGAAAGACUGA